AUGAUGGAAGACUUCAACAGCGAGACCGACAGUGAUUAUACCAGUUACUGGAGAGAUUGGUUUAUCUCAUCCCGCGGCAACGAAUACUUUUGUGAGAUCGACGAAGAAUACCUGACCGACCGCUUCAACCUUACCGGCUUGAACACCGAGGUUCCCUACUAUCAGUACGCGCUCGAUCUGGUGACGGAUGUUUUCGACCUCGAUGCCGACGACGACCUCCGAGAACAAAUUGAGAAAUCGGCGCGCCACUUGUAUGGCCUUGUCCAUGCUCGCUACAUUGUCACCACCCGUGGCCUCGCGAAGAUGGUCGAGAAAUACAAGAAAGGCGACUUUGGAAAGUGCCCACGCGUUAUGUGUGAAGGCCACCCUCUCCUCCCGACCGGUCAAAAUGAUGUGCCCAACAUGAGCACCGUCCGCCUCUACUGCUCCAAGUGCGAGGACAUCUACAACCCCAAAUCGUCGCGACAUGCAUCGAUUGACGGCGCAUAUUUCGGAACCUCUUUUACUAGCAUGCUCUUUCAGGUAUACCCUGCUCUCCUGCCGGAGAAGAGCAUCCGCCGCUACGAGCCCCGCAUAUACGGUUUCCGUGUCCACGCUAGUGCUGCUCUUGCGCGCUGGCAGGACCGCUACCGCGAAGAGACCAGGAACCGACUUCGCGAUGCUGGGGUGGAGGUUAGAUAUCUUGAGGAUGACGAAGAGGAGGAGCUAGAGGAUGACGAUGAGGAUGAGCUAGUCGAGACCAAGGAGAGGGUCCCCGGCGAUGCCGCAUCAGGUCGUAUGGACAUUGGCAAUUGAGUGUGAAUCUGUUUCGAUGGCUCCAUCAUCUAAUCAGAAUCCCAUGGGUGGAUGUCGUCAAAUCUGCAUUUCUGUUCGUUUCUUUGUGGUUGGUACCAAAGCAUCAGGCGUAUGGAUUUUUCUUCAUUUUGUCCGAGUACGAUAGCGAUCAUGGGAGUUGCAGUGUUGAAAAUGGCCGGUCUGUUUUCUAUCUCUUCUAAUGUGUACUAGUUUCAUGAUACCUUGUUCAUGACAUGGGACAUAUGAAAUAAAUGA